GCACUUGCACUAGUAACGUUGUCACGUUUGUUUUGAUGCUAACGUGAGGUAGUCGACUUUUAAACAGUGAUACACAAUGUUAACCAGCAAGCUGUAUUUACCGUUAGCAUUGUAAUCAUUGCCACUUUCGAUUCUAAAGGAGUCGUACUCACAGAAUAUAAUUUUAAUUUAUAAGCAACCCAUUUUGCGACAACAGCUAGCAAGCAGCUCUGACAUCAUGCUACCCACAGUGACAGCUGUGGUUAGGUUUGCCCAGUACAAUGGCAGUAUAUCACCUGCACCUUUGGAAAACACCUCAGCAUUCCCAUCGUGGCAAACGGAUACUGAAGCCAACAUCACCAAACCUCAUCAGUGUCUGCAAGUUCUCUAUGAGGACAUUAACGACUCCAGGGUGAGGUUCUGGGACAUUUUACUGCUAGUGCCUAAUGUGGCCUUCUUUGUAUUCCUGAUGUGGAAGCUGCCAUCAGCCAGGGCAAAGAUUCGACUCAACUCUAGCCCCAUCUUCGUCACCUUUUACUUGCUGGUGUUUGUUGUAGCAGCAGUUGGGAUCACCCGGGCUAUAGUGUCCAUGACUGUCAGUGCAUCUAGUGCUGCCACCAUCAUAGACAAAGUAUUGUGGGAAAUCACCCGUUUCUUCUUGCUGGCUAUUGAGCUGAGCGUCAUCAUCUUGGGGCUGGCUUUUGGUCACCUGGAGAGCAAAUCUAGUAUAAAACGUGUGUUGGCUAUUACUGCUGUGCUGGCUCUGGCCUACUCCAUCACACAGGGUGUAUUAGAGAUUCUUUAUCCGGAUAGUAGCCUGUCUGCUGAGGACUUUAACAUCUACGGCCAUGGAGGACGGCACUUCUGGUUGGCCAGCUCCAGCUUCUUCUUCCUGGUGUACUCUUUGAUUGUGAUCUUGCCCAAAACUCCACUGAGGGAGAGGAUAUCUCUGCCAUCUAAGAGGAGUUUCUAUGUGUAUGCUGCCAUCCUGUCUUUAUUGAACUUUGUCCAGGGCUUGGGCAGUGCUCUGCUGUGUGCUGGAAUCAUAGAGGGACUCUGCUGCGUGGAUGUCACCACCUUCUUGUACUUCUCCACAUUUGCUCCACUCAUAUAUGCCACAUUCCUCAAAGGCUUCUUUGGAUCAGAGCCCAAGAUCCUGUUCUCAUACAAGUCGCAGGUGGAUGAACCAGAUGAAAGUGAUGUCCACCUCCCCCCAACUGUUGCUACAACCCUUGGCCGUAAAGAGCUAACUGACCAGGGCCUGUUUUACUCCUCCACCCAGAUUGAUGGCUCGGGUCCCGGCAGCUCUCGUAUGGUUGCAGCGUACUUAGAUGAUGUUGCCUCUGGACCCUAUGGGUCCAGCAGGAUUAACAGUAUUGAAGCUGACCGCUGGAGACCUAUCAUUGCAUGAAGAGGAGAAUGGCAGAAGAGAGGUGGUUAUACAACUGGAUUUACAUGUUGAGCAUCUGUAGCAUGUUAGGUAUGUUGGAGAACAGAGGAGUUGGCCAAAAAGUGCCAAACAAAGUAUUUGGACACCAACAUCUGUGUCCCAUAAUUGGACACACAGAAAGUAAUUGGCGUCGCUUUGAGGCCAGGAUUAGUUAUGAAGUGGACAUUUCAGGAGAGGCAUCUGCUAGCCAAUUGUUUGGAAAAACCGUGAAUUUAGCAACUGCUUUUGUAACACUGUUGCCAGAGCACACUGCUGCUAUAGCUCCACCAUAGGAGUUCUGUUCCUCAUUGUGGCCCUGAUUCAUUUCCAAAGGUUCUUAAAUGAUGGCACUUAGUGACUUGUCUCAGUGUUUUUCCUGUCAUUCCAGCAGCAACUGCUCAAUCCCCACUGAUGAUGUUUUAGCCCUAUUUUAAGUAGCAAAGUCUUUAAAAUAUAUCUGACAUUCUUUGGUGAUACCUCAACAUCUGUACAUUGCCACAGAAGGCUUUAACAGCAUCUAAACUGGCUUUGUGCUAUGCCACCAUGUGUAGCUUUGUGACUCACCUGUCACCGUGGCUCUUUGUACAGGGCAAGGACUAGUGGUCAAUUGUUUUUCAUUGAUGUCCUUUGUCUACUGACAUAGGUCCUGUUCCUCCUGUUAACAAGUGAAUUGUAUUAACGUGAUGUGUGCCACUGCAGUAUAAGGAAAUUAGCAACUCCUACAUACAGGAAAUGCAUUAAUGUUAAAGAUCACAAAGCUUUCUCUUUCCAAGGAAUGGUUGAGACACAAUAAUGAAUCUAGAAACAAUUCAAAUUCAAACUGCAUCUUUUCUUAAGCGUUCUCAGUUAUUUUGUUUUUAAUUG